AUGGAUGUUGGCGGCACCACGCCGGCGCUGCGACGGUUGCCCUGGCGGCAGCAGCACACCCGCGCAGCACCAGGAAGUAGGAACGCUGAACCAGCGAAGCGAGUACAGCAGCUCAAUUUUUUCCAACAGCUAUGGCAAACUGGACUCGUGCUUGUCGUACUCUUCUUCUGUGCAGUGCUCGUGCAGUUGAACGUUCUAUACUGGGGCGUUCCAUUUCGGACGCGCUUCUCUGCACCUCUUGCCUUCGUUUUCACCCCGAGAAUGCCCGAAAACGACACGCUGGGGAUUGUUAUUGCCGAAGCGGAAGCGGCGCUGCCUUCUCUGCUCGUUCGCAGGCUAUGGACUAGGCGGCGAACACUCGUACCGCUGGAAAGCGGUCGCUCUCGUAACCCAGACCGCUGCAUGCCGUCGAGUGACGGGCAAGGUCGCUGUGAAGCGAGCGGUACACUUAACGCUGUCCUGCACUGGGUACUGCCAGAGUCGGUCCGAAAUCAGCAGGCUGGGACUGUGACGGUGGUUCUGACGAUGUGGCAGGAACCGCAUCCGCGAGUAUACCGGCGGGCUAGGGUACCUGCGUUACCGCUCUGUGAGCAGCGGCGCAGCGUCCGCGUUUUGGCCUAUCGUUCGAGCACUGAGCGGGCCAUGCAAAGCCUUCUCACGUUGCCGCAUUCCUUUCUGAGCGCUCUGAGCGUUUGGCGCUGGACCCAAAAGCCGGUCGGUCUCGCGAGCCGAGACGCUCAGCUGCGUAGCAUUGAGCUGCUCCGUUGUGCUACUUUGCAAAUCGUCCAAGAGGCACGGAGCACGCCUGUGUUUCGAACGUGGAAUGCUUCCCGAAGGGCGGCUUUUCAUUUUGCCGUGGUGAUGUUGCGAACGGUAGCUCACUGGAUAGGCGUCCUCAGCGAUAAUGUGAUCCGUCGACUAUUCCGUGACCAGCUGCUAGGCGGCCUCAUUUCUCUGAUACCGCUGGGUAUCGGUGAGUGGAUCAACGAUCGCUUUGUUCGCUCGCAUCCGCCAGUGCAAAUGCUCGUGCGGCUGGAGCUCUACCAGUUUGCGGCGAUGGAAAGCGCCUCCGCGUAUGAUCGAGCACAGUUUCCGUUCAUGGAAAUGGAGGACGGCUCCGCGACGAUGCACUUUGAGUGGGUACUUGUGGGAUGGCGGCGUUUUUUGCGGCAACACUACUUUUUGGGUACGCUGCUGGGAUCCUGGAUACUUUUCGGAAUCUUCGCUUUACUGUAUCUCACAUACAAGAUCGGAACGGGUAUCUGGAGAGCGUCUCAGCCAGCGCAAGUCCAGCAAUGGAAUACGCAGUGA